AGAUUGUUACAAAAGGAUGCAGAGCAGGAAUCCCAAAUGAGAGCUGAAAUUCAGAACAUGAAGCAAGAACUCUCAACCAUUAGUAUGAUGGAUGAGUUUGCUAGAUAUGCCCGUCUGGAAAGAAAGAUUAACAAAAUGACCGACAAGCUUAAAACUCACGUGAAAGCACGAACUGCCCAAUUAGCCAAAAUAAAGUGGGUUAUAAAUAUUGUGUUCUACAUCUUACAAGCUGCCUUGAUGAUCUGUCUCAUUUGGAAGUACUAUUCUGAGCCAGUUACAGUGCUUCCGAGCAAAUGGCUUGCUCCGCUGGAGCGCUUGGUAGCCUUUCCUACGGGGGUGGCAGGUGGUGUUGGAAUUACAUGUUGGCUUGUGGUUUGUAAUAAAGUUGUAGCUAUCAUGCUACACCCUUUCAGCUGAAGGAAUCCCAGUAAUCCAUGGAGUCCUCAACUACAUUUUCAUUAUCACCGUUUUAAAUUAAUUAAAAAAACCAAAAAGGAACAGUUGUCUUUCAUGAGACUAGGUCUGAGA